AUGAUUGAGCGCUGUAUAAUUGAGUGCUGUAUAAUUGAGUGCUGUAUAAUUGAGUGUUGCAUGAUUGAGUGCUGUAUAAUUGAGUGCUGCAUGAUUGAGUGCUGUAUAAUUCAGUGCUGUAUGAUUGAGUGUUGUAUAAUUGAGUGUUGCAUGAUUGAGUGCUGUAUAAUUUAGUGUUGUAUGAUUGAGUGCUGUAUAAUUGAGUGCUGUAUAAUUCAGUGCUGUAUGAUUGAGUGCUGUAUAAUUUAGUGUUGUAUGAUUGAGUGCUGUAAUUUUGAGUGCUGUAUAAUUGAGUGCUGUAUGAUUGAGUGCUGUAUGAUUGAGUGCUGUAUAAUUGAGUGUUGCAUGAUUGAGUGCUGUAUAAUUGAGUGCUGUAUGAUUGAAAUCUGUAUAAUUGAGUGUUGCAUGAUUGAGUGCUGUAUAAUUGAGUGUUGCAUGAUUGAGUGCUGUAUAAUUGAGUGUUGUAUGAUUGAGUGCUGUAUAAUUGAGUGCUGCAUGAUUGAGUGCUGUAUAAUUGAUGCUUGUUGCAUGAUUGAGUGCUGUAUAAUUGAGUGCUGUAUGAUUGAGUGCUGUAUAAUUGAGUGUUUAAUGAUUGAGUGUUGCAUGAUUGAGUGCUGUAUGAUUGAGUGUUGCAUGAUUGAGUGCUGUAUAAUUGAGUGCUUGGUUCCAUAUGACAUCAGAUUGCUGGUAGAGAACUAA